AUGUCAUCCGAACCAUACGAACCAGAAUUUCAACAAGCUUACACUGAAGUUGUUAACUCUUUGAAAGAUUCUACCUUAUUUGAAAAGAAGCCAGAGUACAAGAAGGUAUUGCCAGUCGUAUCUGUUCCAGAAAGAAUCAUCCAAUUCAGAGUCACCUGGGAAAAUGACAAGGGUGAACAAGAAGUUGCUACUGGUUACAGGGUGCAAUUCAACUCUGCAAAGGGUCCUUACAAGGGUGGUUUGAGAUUCCAUCCAACCGUUAACUUGUCAGUUUUGAAGUUUUUAGGUUUUGAACAAAUCUUCAAAAAUGCUUUGACUGGUCUUUCGCUAGGUGGUGCCAAGGGUGGUUUGUGCUUUGACCCAAAGGGCAAAUCCGACGCUGAAAUUAGAAGAGUGUGUUAUGCUUUCAUGAAAGAGUUGUCUAGAUAUAUUGGUCAAGACGUCGAUGUUCCAGCUGGUGAUAUCCAAGUUGGUGGUCGUGAAAUCGGUUACUUGUUUGGCGCUUACCGUCAUUACAGAAACUCUUGGGAGGGUGUAUUGACUGGUAAGAGUCUAAACUGGGGUGGUUCUUUGAUCAGACCAGAGGCUACCGGUUACGGUUUGAUUUACUACACCGAAGCAAUGAUUAAGUACGCUACUAAGGGCAAAGAAUCAUUCGCUGGAAAGCGUGUGGUUGUAUCUGGUUCCGGUAAUGUGGCACAAUAUGCUGCAUUGAAGGCCAUUGAAUUAGGUGCUACUGUUUUAUCUCUAUCUGACUCUAAGGGUGCAAUUGUUGCUGAAAACGGAAUCACUCCAGAACAAGUAUACGCCAUUCAAGAAGGUAGAGCUGCUUGGAAGACUUUGGAACAGAUUGUUGGUGAAGCUUCCAUUUUCUCUGACUCAUCUGUUAAGUACAUUGCCGGUGCUAGACCUUGGGUACACGUUGGUCAUGUUGAUGUCGCUUUGCCAUGUGCUACUCAAAAUGAAGUAUCUGGUGCUGAAGCUGAGCACCUUGUCGCAAACGGUGUCAAAUAUGUCGCCGAAGGAUCGAACAUGGGUUCUACUCAAGAAGCCAUUGACAUCUUUGAAGGUGCUCGUUUGAAAACUGCCUCUGCUACUGCUCCUGCCGUCUGGUACGCUCCAGGUAAGGCUGCUAAUAUGGGUGGUGUUGCAGUUUCCGGUUUGGAAAUGGCUCAAAACUCCUCCAGAGUUCAAUGGACUAGAGAAACUGUUGAUGCAGAAUUGAAAAAGAUUAUGACUACCUGUUUCGACGACUGUGUCGCCACUGCUCAAGAGUACAGCAACGAAUCUAACACUGCAGCUCUACCUUCAUUGGUUAAGGGAGCUAACUUGACAGGUUUCAUUAGAGUAGCAGAUGCCAUGUUAGAUCAAGGUGACGUGUUCUAA